AUGGCAGGCCCUCCGCCCCACGUGAGAAAUUCCCCGAACCCAAGCUUACGGGACGCUGUGAGCCUUCGCUGCACGUCUACCCAGACACUCACCUCCGCAUUAUUCGCCACCCGCCUACCCGCCCCGUCCCUGGCCGCCGCGCUCAAGGCAACAAAAAUCCCACUAAUCGAAGACGACUCGGCACCACGAGUCGUCGUGCCCCGACUCCUAGUUCUGGCGGAAUCCACCCCCGACGAAGGAGUUCAGACUCUUUCGCAAUACACACACCUCGGCGACGGCAUGGAUGCUGAGCACUAUCAACACUCUCUGGAUGAGGAGGACGACGACGACGAGGAGAGCAGUUUCGUUCGGGGCAUCACGGCCGGAGGACAUGACCAUUCACGGGAUACAUCUCCCCCAGAAUUUUCUCACCAAGGCUUUGGACGACAGCAACUCUCUAUAGAUCCGGCGCUCCACACGUCACCCCCGGAAAAUCACCCCCAUCAUCAUCUCCAUCACCAUCACCAUACGGGCCAGGACGGCGAUGAUGAUGAUGAUGAUGACGGUGAUGAUGAUGAUGAGGGCGAUGGAUCCUCUCACCACAGACUCCAGCAAUCACAGCAACAAGUCCAGAAUCAUUUUGUGCAAUCACAACUUCCCCGGCAGAUCUACACUGACCUCGCGCGGAGCGCGAAUCAGUUCUCGUUACAACACCACGCCCCUGACCAGUUAUCGACGCCUCCGGCUCAGUUUCAAGCAUCGUCUCCUGCGCCCGGGAAAAUCUUGCCGACAUUCACACCAUCGGAUCGGAGCCUGCCCGAUCGAGCUGUCACGGACGAAACGUUAGACGAUGCCUACGUCGCAUUUAUCUUAUACUGCAACCCAUCCGUGCCACUGGAUUGUGACACGGCCGAGCUGCGGAAAGCCUUUAGACAGCCUCCCAAGAGCGAUGGCAAGACCUUCAAUAUCCAUCACCUCCUCCAAUUGAUUGAAAAGUUUGAAGAGAAGGAAAUCAAAACAUGGACGAAGCUCGCGAUUCAACUGGGGGUUGAGAGAACUGCGGACCAAAGCGCGCAGAAAGUCCAACAGUAUGCAGUGAGAUUAAAGGUGCGUCUGCUCGUCAAAGGAUUCUUUCUUUCUUUCUUUCUUUCUUAAUCAUUAACACAAGGUGCGCAGAGAUGGAUGCACGCGAUGCAUAUCGACGCAUUUUUCGAAUACAUUCUCAACAAACCCCACACAUACUACCAACAUAUCCCUCACUCUUUACCUUCCUCUGACUCCCCAGAUCAGAUGCGUGACGGCGUGCCUAUUGAGGAAGACCUGGCCUUGCGCGCCUUACAUCCAGAGACUCGUCCCAAGCGUGGCCGACGGAAAACAGAUGACAAGGAUGAUGGAAGCGAAAAGGAUCUGCCCGAUCCUAAGCGGCCGCAUAUUGAUAAUGAAACUCCCACAACCGCGGACCCCACCAGCGCCAUGGAACACUUCAGUAAUUCCUUGUUUCCACCACACCCCCAGUCCGCGGUUCCAUCUAGUGCUGGAGGAGAUGGGAUGGAAAGGUUUCUAGAAGAGUCAGAUCCUUGGGCAGCAGCUACACAAUCUGUCCUAAGUGGUGGGGGGAACAGUGCUACACCUACGGGUGGACAGCAGUUUCGGUGGAGGGCUUUUCCAAGGGAAGGAACCACACCGCAAAGCGCACAUCCACCUCCGACCAUACUCACAUCCCAUGAUAACAUCACCCCUCAGGAUGAAAUACAGACACCUGUUUCGACCACAACCCCAGUAUCCGCCUCAAAGCCACGGUCCCGACGGAGGCAUGGGCCAGCCGUGUCCUCUGCCUGGCCAAGCUCCGGGAACCCUCUUACCGGAAAAUUGAGAGGUCGACCACCGAGCAACAGGUCCGUUAGAGAUGGCCCAUUUUCAACAUUCCCGGCUCACCCUACGGGUAAAGGCCAUACGAUCGACCUUAGUAGUCCGGGGGGCGUAACCGCGACCCCGGCCUCAACUCCCGUCACCGCUCAUGCACCGCAACAAUUCACAUUCAGGCCAGAGCAACUGCACCUAACCGUCCCAGCAAGGGUCGGCGGUAACACCAUUACAAUGGCAUCACCAGCCUCAGCCAUGACCCCAUCACCUCACGUGAAUGGUAACUCCUGGAAACGCGAAAAAAGCCCACUGGGGAGAGAAAGCGCGAGUAUAUACGCAGCACCGGGGCUCGAGGACAUCGAGCGGAAAUUCUCCGUGAGUUUGUUACAGGCCCAGUGUCAGGAUGGGUUGGUAUUGGGAGUGGACGACGCAAAGAGGAUAGCAGACAAGAUUGUCUCCACUCUGAAACGUGCCUGGCCGGAUGGUGGAGGUGGGAUGGAUGACAAAACCGUAGCAGCGCUCCUGGGCUGUGGCGGUGACGGUGUCUUCGGUGAGGUCAAGGUUUCGAGAUUAGGCGGAGACUCGGAUCGGCGAGACUUGGAUGACUUAGGACUGGACGUUGACGAUGGCGACCAGCUGGGCGGCCGGGGAGAUGGCGAGAGGAGGUUCGAUGUCCGGUGGAGUAUACAAUUUGGCUCCGUCAAGGGCGAAUUCUCGCAGAUUGUGUCUGUUGGCAGAAAUAGCGGACUAGACCAUAACAACAACCCUUCCGACAGUGAUCUCGGCCAACUAGGUGAAGAAAAUGAUCGGGUACUAAAGGAGCUGGAAGACCUUGGAGACUUCAGCGGAGGAGUUAACGACGACCCACAUGGAGAAAAUACGGGUAGCAACAAUGAUGCUAACAGCACUGGAAACGUCGAGAAGUUGAAAAAGCGAGUCCUGGAACUAGAGCGGAGUUUAAAGGCUAAGGAGAAGGAAAUUCAUGGUAUAAGGGAAAAUGUUCUCAAGGCUGUGGUUAUGUGAUUUCUGGCGCUGGUAUUCAUCCAAAAUAUUGCUCUGGACUGGGGGAAGAAAAAAUCUGAGAAAAAACUGAAAUUUUGAGAAAAUGAAAAGACUAUGGUAAGAGUUAUUGGUCGCUGUUCCCUCGCCGGACCCCCGGCGCAUGGGGCUUCUGAGAGAUGCCUUUCUUCGCUUCAUUCGUUCCCUUAUGUUUUCCUUAUCACCACAUUAUCAUCAUCAUCUGGGUGGCCAUCGUCGUCUUAUCCAUUAUUCGUUUGUUUUCCUUCUCUCACCCUUUCACCGGAGGCACAAGUCUUGGUCAAAAAAAAUUUUCUUCUCAAAUUGGUCCAUCGGGGUUUUUGAUUUACGAGCAAAAGAAAAAAGAAAGAAAAAAACGCUUCUGUUUACUCACUUGUUUGUUUAUCUGGGAUGUGUAUCAUUAGCGGGAUUGGGGGUGCCGGUGCGUCAUUGCAGUAUCUUGUGUUUUUUGUUUUUUCUUCCCAACAUGAUUUCGGUGAGAAUCUGUGUGGUUAUGUGUGAUUGCAUGUGGUGGAAACACGAGUAGUUGAUAUCGGGGUUGGGCCCGCUGUUGCUGUGAUCCGUUCUCUAGCGUGCCGUACGUCUCGGGUCAUAGGGCGAUAGGGGAUGUGGCUUCAAGUGUCAUAUCGGUUCUGUGGUAUUAUACGCUUCCACUUCCUGCUCGCUCUCUCAUUUGGGGCUUCGGGCCGAAGCGCUGGAUAUCCAUCCUUUCUGGGCCGUCAUACUAAAUGACGGUA